AUGUCCAUGAGCUCCGACGGCGACAACGCACGUGUCGGGUACGGGGAUCCCCGUCGGGAACCAAUCCCCGCGGGGAACGGAGAUGGGAGAAAAAUGUCCUCCAACAGCCUUUGCGGGGACGGGGACAGGGAAAUUUUCCCGCCACGGGGACGGAGAUGCGACGUAGUCCGAGCCCCACGUUUCUCCUCCUCCAUAUUCCGUGCUCGCCUCCACCAUUUUCUCCUCGGCCAUCCUCCACCGCCGCCCCUCCCUCUCUUCCGGCCAUCCACCUCCACCGCACCCGCACCCGAUCCUUCCACCUCCUUCCCCAACAGGCUCUUUCCUCAGGAGAUCUACACUACCGCAUCGUUGCCACCGCCGCCGCAGCACCCGUGGCAGCCGCUUGCCAUGGCGCUGCCGGCCCUCUCCGCCCCGCCGCAGGUCACGGGAAGACGGCGCUGCGGAGUGCGUGCGGUGCGCAUGGGUUGCUUUGGCGACCCCGAGAUGAAGCGGCGGCGGCGGGUUGCGGGCUACAAGGCGUACGCGGUGAAGGGCAAGGUGAAGGAGUCGCUCCGCCGGGGUCUCAGGUGGUUCAAGCGCAAGUGCUCCCGCAUCUUGAGUUUCUGACCACCGUGCGGCGGCGGCGUGCUCUCCCACUCUUCUUGUACCGCAACAAUUAUGGCAUGCAUUCAUCGGUGCAUUGCCAAUUUAUGGGUUGAUCAAGAAUUCGUGUGAUUGAAUGGACCUCUGUACCGAGCAAUCUUGUUUGUGCUUCCAAGAUUUUUAUUUCCAGAGGCUGCAGAUUGCAACGGUUAUCAUCCUUGUUUCAGACUACAUGCUUCCUAGUCUCCUAGAAUGUGUGCCAUUUCGGCCAUUUAAGUUCAUAAUUCAAAAGCUUGUCCUCAUGGAAUUUGCAAUCGAAUCAACAUUUCAAGAGAUUUUCCUCAACAAUACAAUGCUGUCAUCUUGUUUUCCCCUUGUUUUCCAGACUGUAAUUAGAUCUUCAAAAGAAAUUUAAGAUUUGAAUGGAUGGUCGUCACCAAUCUGUAAUGCUAA